UCAUAGUUUCUAUUCCAACACAAACAAAAUGGUGACCCAAGAAAACAAACUGCUUUUGUUGAGCUGCUUUACUCUUUUAUUUUCACUAACUACGUCCUCUUCUGUUUUAAAUCUCAUAAGUGAUAUAGAUCCCUGUGAAGACGUUUGUCUGAAAACGUACCCACUUUACAUAGUUGAUUCAUUUGACAAGAGCCAAUCUGUAGAAAGUUGUAAAAGAGGUUGUAGACUAUUUUCUCUAAUUGAGUUGGUAGGUGAUGAAGAUGGAUUAAAUGGCACCGUUAAAACCUGUUUAGAAAAUUGUCAUGAAGCUUAUCCUAGUCAGAAUGAUGAUACAUCAGCCUGUAUGUUGGGAUGUAACAGCCAGAAGCCUUUCUCUGAUAAAUGGGGACCAAUGACAGAUUUUGAUGCAGACUUCCUUACUGAUGGGAUGCCCCGCAUGAUGUAUCCUUUUCUAUAUAUGCACAACCUGUAUAGUAACAUGGUGGACAAAGUGACUCAUCACAUGUCAGUAUCCUGGUCCUUCUUUAUGCAGGAUGGCAGCGGCAGAUUGGUUGUUGUCAAGUCGCAGCCACAGGUUCUGGAUAUGGAUGUCCAAGAUUUUGAUGAUUACUCGGCAUUCAAGGGAACAAGUUCAAUGCUGGAGACUAACAUAGAAUCUUCAGACAACACGGCAACAUCAGUUCUCAGGCACUCUCAGUUGAAAUCAGCUAGGAGUUUCUCUGAUGAACUCAAUGCUGCUCAGAUGGAACCUUGGAGCUACAAGCUUGAUGAUGUCAAUGGCAGUGACUGGUUGACUUGUAUAGCUCAUAAAACUGGCAUUCCUAGGCUGAUCCUCUGUUUGAUUUUACUUCUCAGCGCUGUAGCCAUGAUCUGGCUUUGCAUGUCUGCUGCUGUAACUGCCCCUGAUCAAAGGUUUCCACAGAAAUUAAGCAUCAAUGGAGAUUUGGAGUACCUGCGCAAUCUGCCAGAGAAGUUGGGCAUUAAAAGAAUUCACACCCAAGACUCCAUAGAAGCCAGACCACUGCCAGUGAAGAUUAGGGUGGAGAGGAUAUAAGUCAAGUUUUGUACAGGCAACCUUUAUUUAACUAUGUCAUUCUUUAGAGAGUUUGAUUUACAAAGAUGGCUUACUUUCUGGGGGGUUGGCUAUUUGUUAUUUGCUUCCCCCCUCCCCAAUCUCAUAAUAAUUUUUUUGUUGAUCAAAUUGACUGUUUUGUACAUGCACUCUCUGGGCAGGUAGGAAGACUCUUGCAGACUUGCUGAUUUUCAAAUGACAUAUAAAAAGUUGUUUUUUUUAAAGACAUUUUUAAUUUAGUUAAUCAUUUAAAAAGUAUGCAAAUUAAUGUUUAAAAAGUAGCUACAAAUUACUCAUAGCUUUAAGUAUUUAAAAAAAAAAUAAAAAAAUAAUCAUGCAAUGCACUUUCCUUGUCAUUUUUACUUUGCUGUAUGAUAAUAACAUUUUUAUAAGUACAUAUACGUUCCCGAUAUGUAGGCCUACUCCAUUAGUCACUUGUUUGUUUUUUUGAUCAUGUAGUAUUUUUUUUUAAUGUAUUAUGACUUGCACUACACCAUUUGUAUCUUUUGUUUCUUUAUACAAUCUGGUUGAAAUUAACCCAGAAACAUGUUUCUUUAUACAUAAGUUGGGUUAAAAUUAACCUAGAAACAUGCUUCUUUAUGCAUCUGUUUGGUUGAAAUUAACCCAGAAACAUGUUGUUUUUCUUUUGUCCUAAACAUAUCACGUUUCUGUUAUAUCUUCAUAUUUGAACUUAAACCUGUGAAUAUAUUUCCCUAUGAGUUAUUUUGUAAUCGUCAUAAGAGUUGAGGCUAAGUCUCUUGAAACUCAAGGCCCAUGGAAGCUUCCCUCCACUGGCCUAUUCGAACAUUACCUGUGACUUGAGCUGUUAAGAAUCUUCACUGCAACUUGUUUCAUUCUAUAAUGUGCUCCUGUUUCAAAUUUUUCAUCCGAAACCCUUUCCACUUUGUGUGCGUUUGACAUGUUUAUAAAUUUUCUUUAUAUUUAUCAAGAUUUGUGGGUGAUUUUUCUUUUAAAGUAAUGUCAUUUCAUCUGCCAUCUUCACUUCAAUUCUAGACUUCUGUCACCUUAUUUGCAUGUUAUUUUUCAUGUUCAGAUACACUCCACUCUAUUUAUAGUUUGUGUGUGUGUAUAUUUGCUAUAACCAUAUAUGGUUUUCAUUUAUCUAAGAAAUACUGAAGUUUGGCCUUUUAUUUCUUGAUUGUAAUCAUUUAGGAAUAAAUUGUUAAAAUGGAUCAGGCAUAGAUUAAAACAGGACUUUUACUGGCAUAGUGUAGAGUUAAAUAUUAGGCCAUUGAAAGCUUUAAAAGUUAUUCAAAAUUUCAAAAGUCUUAGUCAAACAUAGUAUGCUCUAGAUACACUUUGACCCCAUCACUGUAGUUGAUUGAAACAUGCAUUACUCUGCAGUGUACUAUGUAAUGUGGUUGUUCCGAAGACCAAUGUAUGAAAUCCUCAUUGACUUGUCCCUGGGUUAUUUUUUCCUUGACCCUGAUCUUAUCUACAAUUCAGGGCAUUUUUUUUUUCUUUUUGUGUAAAAUGUCAAUUCAACUUUUUGUUUUGGUUAUUGACUGUUGUUGUAGCAGACUGAAUCACACUUAGUAACAAUUUGUGAUGUUUUCCUUGCUGUCUGUAUUGUAGUGUUUCACUGGAAAUGUUCAGUUCCAAGUAAACUGAAUGGUUUUUUUUUGUUCUUGUCUCCCCUUGUAGUAGUUGCUACUUGCUGUUGUAUUUGUUUUCAAACUGGGCUGUGAGACUGUGUGUUAGGUUUUGAAGUGGGAUAUUGGAAUAAACAUACAGUACAAAACAAA